AUGAAUUCCUUCUCUAUUAUUUUUCUUAUAUUUUCCUUUUCAGCUUUUUCAGAUGCAUGUUGCCCGUUCCCUGCAUUUUCAUUCUCAGCGUUGACAAACGUAUCAAAAACUGAUUUUAAAUGUUCUGAAUUUAUUUCUGUUUCGUGUGAAAUAUUUGUUGAAGAGGAUAGUGGUUAUGGCCAAGUCGGAAUCGUCGGAAAUGUGACAGAAGGAGUUUCACCUUAUCUAUUGGUAAAGGGAACAUCGAAAGCAUCUAUCUCUCUUGUUUGUGACACUUCAAGUAACUUGUGGAAAGCUAAGAAUCCGUCGAAGGGAUAUGAUAAUGUUGGAUGUGCUAUGGAGAGAGGUGGCGUCUGGAUCGCUUACUGA